AUGGCCAACGUCAGCUGGGCAGGCAGAUGCUCCAACAUAGUACGACGAAGAUGGCUUCUCCUUAGCCUGGCGUGUUUCCUUUUUACUGUCGUCUACCUCUUCAAACGCGAUCGCACCCUACAAAACACGCUCAGCUACAGCACUCGGCCACUUUGGGAUAAGUCGGAUACCACCACCCCUCAAAGGGAGAUCAAGCACUAUACAGCUUGGUCGAUAUCCGCCAACGACACCGCAGCUUGCAGACGACAUGGUUGGACACCAUAUACCCCAGCACAGCGACCCAAAGUGUACGAUGUGAUCAUCUUUAGCGUCGAGCUUGAGAUGUUAGAGCUGCGGUUUCAGGAGCUGUACGAUGCAGUGGAUGCUUUCGUGAUCGUCGAAAGCAACACAACCUUUAUGGGCAAGCCGAAGCAGCUUGGGUUUGAUCCAAGUAGAUAUGCAACAUAUCGCGACAAGAUCAAGUACUUCACCAUCGCAGGUCGAGCGCUAGCUCCUGGCGAAGGGCCUUUUGCUAUCGAAGGCGAGCAACGUUACAAAGCCACCGAACUGCUCCGUACGCAGGUGCAACCACCGCAAGGCAGUCUGAUCAUCAUGUCCGAUGUCGACGAGAUUCCUUCUCUCGCUGCUGUACAGCUGCUUUCGAGCUGUCAAGCACCUCUACCGCUCCACCUUUCCUUCAAGUCGUACAUCUACUCGUUCGAGUUCCCAACAGCUGCCAAAUCAUGGCGAGCACAAGUACACGCAUGGUCACCCACCCACACCUGGUACAAUCACGGCAAAGUUAGCGACAAUAUCUUGCUCGAUGCAGGUUGGCACUGCUCCUCGUGCUUCAGUAGGAUCUCGGACUACCAAUUCAAGAUGCAGUCGUACAGCCACAGUGACCGUCUCUUUGGCAACAGACAUUGGCGUCAACUCCUGCAUCCAAAGCUGAUCUUGGACAAGAUCUGCGCAGGCAAGGAUCUGUUCGAUAUGCUUCCAGAAGCGUACACGUGGAGCGAACUGCUGUAUCGAUGGAGUGGAGAGGCGCAUAGCAACAGCACUGCCAACUUGCCCAGAGGCCUCAUGAAUGAUCAGAAGCAAUUCGAGUUCUUGUUGCCCGGAGGAUGCAAGGCUAGAGAUUUGACGUCGAGAUUGGAAUAA